CUAUUUAACACUAGUACAAUACGGCCUAUAAAAUGAAUAACUACCUAAUAUUAUCUACCCAGCUUCAGUAAUAGUAUCUCGUAGUUAUUGGAACCGUACGGUCGGUAUUUGAUCUCUCUAACCCAAGCCAAGAUGCCGUCAUCUACCAUGCCGAUGUCGUGAUGAAAAGUUGACCUAUCUAAUCCAUGUCGGGUCCGAUUGAUGACCCACCGGGAUCUAGGUCUACUGUAUCAUGUCGGGAAUGCAGAGACCGAGCAUGGUUCUUUUAGAGAAACCCGGCCGGUGAACGGCGAGAACGGCAUGUUCAUAGAAAGCUUGGGCUCCGGUACAGACCCUGGAACUUUCACACAUCUUCAAUAGCCGGCGCUCCAGUAACCUUCAAUUUCAAACGACAUGCGAAGUCAGGAAUAAUUUAUCAACAUGUCAUCUGACCCUCUGUAUCCAGCUUACCUCCCAACCAGGCCAGAUGGGUAUAUGCCUACCUUGGACGUUCCUCCAUUUGAGGCGGAUGAGCCGGGUAGCCGCGCGGACCCCCUGAAACCGGCCAUUUUUAAAGCGAACGCGAAGAUAACAAACAUCACGCCGAGGUUAGGGACAGAGAUCACCGGCGUCCAACUAAGCCAGCUUUCUCCAGCAGGGUUAGAUGAAGUUGCUUUGCUGGCAGCCGAGAGAGGCGUCUUGGCUUUUAGGGAUCAAGACUUUGCAGACAUUGGAUUCGAAAGACAACGAGACAUUGUGAAGUAUUACGGACCCUUGCAUAAGCAUCCUACGAUGGGUUAUCCUGCGGGAACAAGCCCAGAAUUCCAUGUAGUGUAUGCGGAUGAAACUGCUGGUAAUCUUAGAACACUUCUCGGCCCUCGCACAGCGUACGACUUAUGGCACGUCGACCAGACAUUCACGCCAAAUGUGCCAUCAACAACCUUUUUCUGGGUUCUUGAAAUUCCAGAAUCUGGUGGCGGCGACACGGCCUUCACAUCCCUAACGGCAGCAUAUGAAGCAUUGUCACCUACUUUUAGACAGCUUCUUGGAGGGUUAAGUCUCUAUCACACGUCGGCUUCGGUUGGAGAAGUUGCUCGUAUCGGGACGGAGCGUGCCUUGAAGGAGGCUGUCAACACGACGCAUCCCUUGGUUAUUAAACACCCUGUCACGGGUAAACCCUCGUUAUUCGUAAAUCCAACUAUCGCUCGCAAGAUCGAGGGGUUCUUACCGGAGGAGUCGGAUAACCUCCUGAAGUUCCUACACGAUCAUAUCAAAAGUCUCGAUUUUAGCUGUAGGAUCAAAUGGGAAAGAAGAACUGUCGUGGUUUGGGAUCAAAGAGCUGCAGCACAUAGCGCGGUACCUGACUUUGCGGAUGGAGAGAGACGGCAUAUGGUGCGGAUGAUACCUUACGGUUCUAAGCCCGAGCCGGCGUUUCCAGAACUGUUCAACGCUUUCGAAGAGAGGAUACAUGGGUGAUUGUUUGCAUGGUAAAUGAACAGUAAUUUUAAGGUAUUAAAUGUACUUACCUAGGUAGGUACCUGUGUUGAAAUGGCAAGGCUCCGGUCCCGUCUGCGCUGUAAAAGCAAACAGAUGUAUUGCUGUACUUAUUGUAAGCCACAUGAUUAGCAUCCGGAUGUGACAAGUCAGUUGAGAAAUAAGCAGGCCACCAUUAUUACAUGCGGGAAGCGUGCAUAUGUACUCAACGUGG